ACCAGAACUUGUUUUGUGGAUCCUCUCCUCUCCGGACUCCUCUCGCUUUCACGCCAUGGCGUCUAUCUUUGGGCUGCUGGACAAACGGCAACGACAAGCGGACGAUGCACAGUUCGCACAGGACUUGGACUUCUCCUACGAGGAGCGUGCGGACUUAUUGGCCGAUCUCUUGGAGGAUGACACCUCGCUCUUUCCAUUGUUGGAUUGUCCACCGGAGGUCUUGUCCUCGGUGCUGCUUCUUUCAGAAGCGGUGACGGCAGUGCGGAUGCGACCGCUGUGCCGUCAGAUGCGAGUGGCCGUGGACGGCAAUGAAGGCCUCUGGAGUCUGCUGACCUUGCGCGACUUCGCGGAUUUGGGGGGCACCACCAAGCACUACGUGGGUCUCAAGACCUUGGCUGAGUGGGAUGAGUCAAAUGCCACCAGGCGCUUGGAGUGGGAUCCCCUGAUGAUUUGCGCUCCGCCACCGCUGCGCUAUUCACUCUUAGCAGCCAUGCAGGUGAGACGACAGCUUUGGUCCAAGCAUGGACCAUCCUUGGGGGCUGGCUGGGAUUGGUUCAGCGCCAAGGUUUGCCGUCGGAUGGCCGUGCCCACCUUCCUCCGCUGGGCGUCGCUGCAGCACGAGCCGCAAUACCUCCAAGCCUUGCUACGCCCGCUCGGCCUCUCCACCGAGGGCGUCAGAAAGCGCCGCGCGGCCGAGGUGGCGGGGACCGCCAACUCCGCAGCGACGGGGCCUCAUGAGGCCCCCGAAGCCAAGCGCAGCAAGGCGAACGACACAGGCACUUGCGGCAUGCGCUUCCGCUGCGGGAGGAGCGACCAGGUGGAGCUAAGCGAAGAAGCGGUUGUCGACAUCUACGAGACGGUGCAACGGUGGCACACCCAGGAGCACAGGGAGAUGAUGAGGCAGCACUUCCGCGGCGGAGACGAGAAGAAGAAGGAAGGCAACCUGCCGCGCAGCAACAGUGGAGCCUUCAGCGUCACGCCCACUCUGGACGCCCACGAAGCGGCGGUCUUUGCGCUGAACGACUACGAGUCGGAGCUGACGCCUGCCGGGCCUGCGGGGCCGGCCAAGGUGCCAGCGUCCACGGGAGCUUCCCGUGGAGCCGCGUCAAGACACAUCGAGGAGGCCCAGCUGAGGCUGGCGAUGGAGUUGUCGAAGAAGGAGGCCGAGGAGGCAGCUUCCGCUCCACCCGUGGCCGUCGAGGAGAAGGCGGAGCCUGAGGAAGCGCCGAAAGAAGAGAGGAGGGAAGAGGUUGUUGCUGCUGAGCCUGAGGAGCCUCGGGAGCCGGAGUUUGAGGGUUUGCCCUUGCGUGGGGAAGGUGGUCAGGCGGCGGCGCAAGUCUUCGUGAAGCCGCACUGCCUGGCGCAGCGCGUCGAGGCGUUGCCCGACGCCCUGGAGCGCUCUAUCGAGUCCAUCGUGCACAAGCUGGUGACACCCAGCAGUUGGGCCCUGCUGUACGAGUCCGUGACCGAAGAGCUUUGUUUGCGAGCGAAGUGUGCAGCACAUGCCUUAUGCGCUUCGCACGCGAAGGCCAUGGAUCAGCUGGAUGACUUGGCCACUGGAGAGGCGGCCAAGUCACAGGGCGCCGACCAGAUCUCGUUGGACCAUGAGCGGAUGUGCUUGCCGAUUUGGAGAAAAAGUUUCGUGAUGUCUGGGCUCUCGUGCCUGUCACCCGAGGGUGGAGUGCAAAACAGAGCCCAGCACACCGCGCAGCUGCGGCUCAAUGGCGCGAGGCACGCAUUCCUGAGGCACGCCAUGCUCGAGUGGUGUGAGCUUGAGGACUUGACAGAGUUCCUCGAUGCACAGCUGGGGCCGCUGGAAAUGGCCAUCGACAACUUUCGGGGCAGCCAGGACGUCACCCGCGCCGCGCACACGCCCCACGUCCGGGACAUCGGCCGGCUCAUGUUCCGGAACCAUUGCCUUUUGGAUUCUCGAGUUUUCAGGCCCUUGUGUUUGGCGGCCUAUGCAUUAGUCCACGAGAUCCAGCGGGCAUCCUUGCGGUCGCAAGAGGAGGAGUUGGAUGGGCUCAUCGAUUUGCUGGAACAGUUCCACGGGAUGUUGGCCGCUUGCGACGUUCAAGACGAUCAUUUGUCCAACUCCAAGAACACCAAGGAGUCCUUUGGCGACAACCUGGUGUCCCCCAUCUCUGCGGCCGUCGAGUGCUUCGGCGAGAAGGACAUCCGAGGGCAUCCAUCUCGAGAUUUGCCCAGUGACAGAGGCCGUGGCUUCAAGUGCAUUUGAAGGCACGCACGCGGACCGCAGCACCUCCGACCGCCAGCGUGACAGUUGUACAUAUCUUCGGCGUUCGGCGGGAAAAGGGACCGUCGCCGUGGGCAGAUGGAAACUUGCCGCAUAUGCUACUAGGAACAAGGAUGCUACUAGGAGCAAAGGGCAUCGCUGCUA